AUGGAAAUUUCUGGAGCAGGUGGUUUGUUCUCAACUUAUUCAAUUUGUAGUAAUGCUGCUGGAAUUGCUGUUUUGAAUCAUGCUAGUGACAUAAUAUUUUGGUUUUGGCAUAUUGCAGGGAACCUUUUUGCAUUUGUUUUAUUUGUAUCACCAAUACCAACAUUCAGAAGGAUCAUAAGAAACAAGUCAACAGAACAAUUUUCUGGGCUGCCUUAUAUAUAUGCCUUGUUGAAUUGCUUAAUAUGUCUAUGGUAUGGAACACCAAUUGUAUCUCCUGGUAUUAUAUUGGUUUUUACUGUUAAUUCCGUCGGAGCGGUUUUUCAGUUGGCUUAUAUACUCAUAUUCAUCGUAUAUGCAGAGAGAACGAAGAAGUUGAAGAUGUUGGGGCUGUUGUUUGGUGUUUUUACUGCAUUUGCUGCUGUGUUUUCCAUCAGCAUCUGUCUAUUUCAACCUCCAAAUCGACAAACUUUCGUUGGAUAUUUGUCUGUCAUCUCUCUCAUCUCCAUGUUUGCUUCUCCGUUGUUCAUUAUUAAUUUGGUGAUCAGAACAAGAAGUGUUGAGUACAUGCCAUUCUAUCUCUCCCUUGCAACUUUUCUAAUGAGCCUUUCCUUCUUUGCUUAUGGAAUGUUUAAGAAAGAUCCAUUUAUCUAUGUUCCAAAUGGGAUAGGAGGAGUUCUUGGGAUCAUACAACUAGUCUUGUACUGGAGAUACAGCAGACCUAAUGAGGAGCCAACAAGACCUCUCUUGGAGUCCAAUGCAUGAAAAGAUUAAGGCUGAGCGGUAAAUACUGACUCGCAUUCAGUGUUUACACCAAACUAAAUAUAGUUUAUAUACGAGACAUAUGUCUUGUAUCAUGGAUUUGGUAUAAACACCAGGUUUGGCUCAUCCUUUUCAC